AUGCUACGGUGCACAAAAGGCGAGCCUGAAGUUAGAAUAUUGAUCGUCAGACUUCCAGGCGAUCGCGACAUGGCUUCACCUCCAGGAGAACUAGACACAGGCAGUCACUGUUGGCAAGAAGAAAUAGGUCAAAUCGCGUCUUUGAACUCUGGAGACGCGUCCGUAGCUUCGAAGCUCUCCCAAGAGCAUAUAUCUUCCAAUACAGAUUCCUCCGAACCCCGCGACAAGUCCCUAGCAAACAAAGGUAGCGAGGAGACAGCUCAUGGUAGCCUUCUCAAUUUCGACGCGGUCCGUGAGUUGCGUCUGCUCGAUCCGAACGUUGGUACUCGGGAAACCAUUACGGUUCGUAACUCUGGCUCGAAGUCAGGGCGACAUAAUCCUCAAGUCUCAUCCAACCCCAUAAGCUCCCCACAAGAGGACGGGCCGUGGAUUGAUUGGCAGACAGCGCAAACCACCACCGUUGAAGUCGUAGACGACGAUAUGGCAUUGCCCACUAAAGACCGCACCAGCGAAGACCUGGAAGGACACGUACAAUAUAGCUCUUACUUCCAGCCGUGCGAUAGAGAAGUAGCCUCGUCCAUGGAGGAUAACGAUGGAUACGAGAGAGGCAUUCAGCCCGGUCAUAUGGAAGAUCCAUGCUCUUCACCCCCGAGCUCAAGCCCUCCGAAGCUGUUUACUUCUUCUCCUAUGGGGUCCGAUGAUAGCGUUGACGAGUUGGACGAAGAGCCAGAGCCGACCUUGGGUAAGGCAACGCGAGAGGACAUGACGAUGGAAACCCAGGAGGUAGAAAUGUACAAUUUACGGCCGAAUGAAAUCCCUGACGAGGCGUACAAUGAGACGUAUGAGGACAACGAUAUGGAGCAGGAUGAACUGGAAGACGAAGGGGCGAACUUCGAAUCAUAUGGAGAGUCGAUGGAAAAUGUGGGGCCAGAGGCUACGGGCAUUCGGGGUGGGGCGCAGAUAGCGUUCGAUCUGCGGCAGGAUGCGAAGCUAGUCACAGAUACAGAGGAUCCUGACGCAUCACUUGUUGAGCAUAAGGUCGACGAAAUGGAGGAAGAUGAACUAGAAGACGAAGAGGACAUGAUCGAGGACAUGACAGAUACCAAGAGACAGUCUGGGACGAUGUCGAAUGUUGAAGGCGAAGAAAUGACCCUACUGGACGAACCAGAUCCUCAACCAGAAGCACAGACUGAUCACGAGAGAACCGAGUCACCUGAAAUCGAGGAUAUCGACCCAGCGCAUACGAAAGCGGAGGAAGGAGAGCAUCGACUUGAGACUGAGUCAACGCCACUACUUGCUGACAUCGGCGGACAACCAGAGCAUGCAAUCGCUUACAGCGAAGAAGAACCUCGGAACAUGAAGCAGGACUCUAGUAGCGAAGCAGCCAGUCCUUCGCCCAACAUCGACAUCCCGGAAGGAAUAGAUCCGGACCUGGGUGAACAGGAGGUAGCGACAGCGUCUCGCGUCUCUUCACCUGCUUCUAGCCCGAUAUUCACAGAAGAGGCGGCAGGGAAGAUUGACGAUGGCCUUGCCGAUGAAACUCGCCAACAAGGUGAAUUCCUGUCCCCGGAUUUGCAGGACCAUUUGGAAGGAUCCACUCGGCGAGUUGCCUCCUUGCUGGGGUAUGAACAACCGCCAGCUGUAAACAUAGGAGCCCGAGAUCUCCGGCAUGACCAUCUUUGCCACUUGGAGCAGAGCGACGAUGCAUGGGCUGAGGCCAACAACAAUAACGAUAAUGGGGAGGAGGAAGUAAAGCCGAUCCCUCCGCCAAACCCAAAGCGACAAACAUUGGCAUCUCAGAAAAGACAACACAAGAAGUUGAUAAAGCCGUUCCGAUCACCAUUCGUCGGCAAGCCAAUUCAAGUUGCGCCGAGUCCCGUACCCAAGAAGGUGGAAAUGCGAAAGCCAGAACCGCGCCCCAUGGAGCGGGUGAAAGAUAAAGUUGAAGUUGCUCCUAAGACAAUGGUUAAGCAUCGCACAGUUCGGGCGGCGGUGCAAUUCAAGUCGCCACUGUCGUCGAAGACUUCGUCGCAAGUGAUCCCCUCCAUAAGGAUGACGCCCACUAUCCAGAUGCUGGAGAGGAGAGUCCAGAUAUUGCGGCGGGCUGUCAAGAUCCAAGAGGAGGAUGAAGAGGGUAAUCUGGAGAUUGUGGCUAAAAAGUGGAGAGAGGCAGCUAGAGAGGUCGCGUGGGAGGUCUGGGAAGUAGUAAAGGACAGAGUAGCGGAGCCAAAGGAGAGUCCAUGGGGCAAAUUUGAAGAAGAAGACAAAGGAAAGAAGCGGUCUUUCAAUGAGAGUUGGGGAUGGACUGAUCAAGGGGAGGCAAAGGCGCUAAGGCUUGAAGACGAUGGGGGCAACCCGGAGCGUAGUGAACUUGGAGAUAUGGACGUGGAGUUUAAGUUAACAAAAGGUAUCCCUGAGGAGGAAGAGCAUCGAGAUACGCUGGGAACGAUGCUGAGGCAGUUGGGCAUUGCGCCAGAGACGCUAGGAUGGAAUGAAGAGCAAGGAACAUUCGAAGACGACUGA